GCCUCCCUCAGGCCCACCGGCGCGCCCUGCCAACGCUUCCGCCCCGCGAAACAGCCUCCACCACCUCGCGGAAGGGGUGGAGAAGGAGGAAAGGUGGAAGGGUAAUGGAAGACACCACCGCGAGGGUUCUCGGGGGGGCCAUGGUGAAUUUUGCCCAAGCUCUGCGCGAUCACUGGGUUCACAUCCUUGUUCCCUUAGGAUUUGUGGUUGGAUGCUAUUUGGACAGACUGAAUGAUGAAAAACUGUCUACCUUCAGAAACAAGAGCUUAUUAUAUAGAAGAGAGUUGAAGCCUGGUGAAGAAACAACAUGGAAAUAAAGGCUGCAGAUGAAAUUGAAAACUUUUUUUUUUUUGAUUCAUCAUCUUAUCUUACUCGUUGAAAGCAUAGGGUUAUGGUUUUUACCAUGGGAGAAUAUGUAAAGUUGCAAAAGACAACUACAGUUCAUCUGUGCUAGCUUAAUUUUAAAUCUGACCUUUUGGAAGAUGAUUUGAUUACAUGACUAGUAUGUGUCCAGGGGUUCCCUUAGUUCAUAAAUGUUGAGAAACAUUUAUCCUCAGAAGUUGUGUUCUGGAGGGGAAAGGAAGAAUUACGUAAUAAAGAAAAACUAUGCAAAAAUUA